AUGAGUUUUGAUGAUUGUCUUGCUUUACUUGAUGGUCGUUUUAAACAAUUAAUGACCUUAAUUGUUCUUAUUAAUAAUAUUAAAUAUCAUUCAUCAAAUGUUUAUAAUAUCGAUGAUCUACCUAAUUUGAAAUAUUUUUCUUUAAUAACAUAUUAUUGCUUAAGUGAUAUAUAUAAUACUGAAAUUUUACCUCUUUUUCGUCGAUGUCAAAUCUUGAAGAAUUAA